UGUUUCUAGGUAACUAUGAAGGGCUUGUAUUUUCAACAGAGUUCCACAAAUGAAGAAAUAACAUUUCUGUUUCAAGAAAGGGAGAAUCUCCCUGUUACAGAGGAUAACUUUGUGAAACUUCAAGUUAAAGCUUGUGCUCUGAGCCGGAUAAACACAAAGCUUCUGGCAGAAAUGAAGAUGGAAAAAGAUUUCUUCCCUGUUGGAAGAGAAGUUGCUGGAAUUGUAUUAGAUGUUGGCAGUAAGGUAUCAUUCUUCCAACCAGAUGAUGAAGUAGUCGGAAUUCUGCCGUUGGAUUCAGAAGACCCUGGGCUCUGUGAAGUUAUUCGAGUACAUGAGCAUUACCUGGUUCAUAAACCAGAAAAGGUUCCGUGGACGGCAGCCGCCGGAGCCAUUCGGGACGGCGUCCGAGCCUGCACAGCUCUGUAUUACCUCUCUCACCUCUCUCCCAGAAAGUCUGUGCUGAUCAUGGAUGGAGCAAGUGCGUUUGGCACAAUAGCCAUUCAGUUAGCACACCAUAGAGGAGCCAAGGUGAUUUCAACAGCGUGCAGCCUGGAAGACAAGCAACGUCUUGAAACGAGUAGGCCUUUCAUAGCCCGUGUGAUUGACGUCUCUAAUGGGAAAGUCCGUGUUGCUGAAAGCUGUUUGGAGGAAACAGGGGGCCUGGGAGUGGACAUCGUCAUAGAUGCAGGAGUGAGAUUGUAUAGUAAAGAUGACGAACCAGCUGUAAGGUCACAACUACCGCAUAAGCAUGACAUCAUCACACUUCUUGGUGUUGGAGGCCAUUGGGUGACAACAGAAGAAAACCUUCAGUUGGACCCUCCAGAUAGCCACUGCCUUUUCCUCAAGGGGGCAACGGUGGCUUUCCUUAAUGACGAAGUCUGGAAUUUGUCAAAUGCACAACAGGGAAAAUACCUUUGCAUCUUAAGAGAUGUGAUGGAGAAGCUAUCGGCUGGUAUUUUCAGACCGCUACUUGAUGAACCCAUCCCACUGUAUGAGGCAAAAGCUUCCAUGGAAGUUGUUCAGAGAAAUCAAGAAAGAAAAAAGCAAGUUGUUCAAUUUUAAUUUUCCUUCCCAGACCUCAGUUGGAUGCACCCAUGCCAGUAUAUGAAGCCAGUUUUCUUUGGAAAUUGUUGAGAAAAAUCAAGGAAGAUGAAACAAGUUUUUUCUAUUUUUAAGCCUGUUUUCCAGCCAUAGUAAGACGUUUGGUUAUUUGACAUAUUUGAAAAAUUCUUGCAAAAUUAAUUAUUUUUUUUAACAUCUGAAGGGGAUAUUCCAAAAGUGUUCCUUUUGUUAUUGUACCUGUACAUUUUGCCUCUGCUAUAAAAUCCUUUCCAUAAAGAAAACUGCUUUCAGCAAAAGUCACACAUCCAUCACAGCAUCUGUCCCAAGCUUUUGCUGUAGCAUGAAAAUGU